AUGAGCGAUGGAGAACCCGAACCCCGACGAGCUGGUGGCGGCUUUGCGGCAGCUAGCACUGGUGGUCAGGCAGGGAGGACAGAAACGGCACCGAGGGAUCGAGACCCACCACCUGCUUACGACGGGGAGAACCCGGAAGUGACGUUCCGCCAGUAUGAGAAGCAGGUGGCUUUGUGGGAGUUCGAAACUGAGGUGCCAAAGCAGAAGCGAGGCAUCAAGCUGUUGCGCCAACUCACAGGUGUGGCAAUGACGGCCGUGGACGACAUGGAGAUCUCCGAGAUCGCAUGCGAGCAGGGGGUAAAGAACGUGUUGGGCAAGCUCCGAGAGUACUUCUUGCCGCACCUCGAGGUCUCCUUGCCGAGGGCUUUCGAGACUGCGGUCUAUGGGCCACCACGAGGAAACAAGGAGUCGUUCGCGGAGUACACGAAGAGGAUGGAGCGGGCCUUCAUCCACCUGACCAAGGAGGGCGUGGACCUGCCAGACGGGGCAAAAGGAUACAUCCUAUACCGGCAGGCCUCACUCACGGAAGCCCAAGAUCAACGGUUGUUGACCUGGGCUGAAGGCCAAUACGGUCGUGGCGAGAUCACCAAGGCCUUGAGACGGUUGGACAAGGUCAUCAAGGAGAAGGAUAAGCCCAGGGGAAGCUAUGUCGCCGAGGAGACCUACGUCCUGGAGAAUGACACCGGCAUCAACUAUGAGGCUGACGGCGAUGGAGAAGGCCGCACCUUCUAUGUGGGACUACGUCCUGAGAGCACUAGUUUUUCCAGUUCGCAGCAGGAUUUUUGGCUGCGACAGUUUGUGAAGGAGAGUCGAGCCCGACAAGAGGCCUCGGCGGAGAUUGACAUGGAAGCCAACCCCUCGAAGCGAUACAUGGAGCGGGCAUGUAUGGUCAAGGAGGGGAAGGUGAAUUUUUGUGGCAUUACCACCCAAGCGAUCGAGGGGAUAGUCGAUACAGCCGCUGAGGGUGGUUUGAUUGGGAAGGAGUCUCUUCUUCGACUCGAACGGGAACUCGCCGGUCGUGGUCUACGAGUGAAGUGGAUCCCCAAGCAAUCAUUUGCAAAGGGAGUAGGAGGCAAUGCGGUGGUCGAAGGGGUUGCUUUGAUUCCUUUGGGGCUCGGAGGCAUCAAUGGUGUUUUGGAGACCACCGUAGUCCAAGGAGAUGUGCCGUUUUUACUUCCCGUCAAACUUCUCAAGGCUUUGGAGGUGGUCAUCGAUUUGAAGAACAUGGUCAUGCAGGGGAGUUCGAGUUGGAGUCACGUUGUUUUGCUACCACAGCAAUGCCGGCUCAAUCACAUUUGGCCGACGCUCAAUUCGAUCAUUGGCCCGAAGACGCCUCUCGCCCAUCACCACCACAUGGCGUCGCUGCUGAAGAAGGCCAAGGCCUUGGUGGGCGCUACUCCUUCCACGGAUCCAGUGCCGAUGGAAGUCGGGCCGCGGGUGCACAAUCCUCGUGUACCGAUCAAGAACUGGAGAAUCGUCCUGGACAAAAUCGGCAUUUUGCUGGUCCUCGCAGCACUCCAGGGCGCAACCGACGAAUGGUGCUUGGACUUGGACUCGCAGCGGCCGGGGCGCAAGUCUUUGGAGACCAUGGCGGACUACUACUCGGAGGUGAUCGUGCGUGCGCAGGUCUUGAAGCCGCUCCAGAGCAAGAAUGCGCCUACGACUUCCGCCAGCACCUGCGUGCAUCCCAAAUCGAGUCUCAAAGGGGGCGGAAAUGGCUCGAGCUCGUACAUAGUGCGCCGAGCGUGCCAUACCAGAUGGGCCCAUUCCGAACGGGCAGCAGAUGUCCAGAAGAAGAUCAAGGACGGCCCCUUGAGCCUGAAGAACCCGAAGGGGGAACCUACAUCGCCGACGAGCCCGGGUACAUCCACUCCGGCACCAAGGACACCGUUGAGGAGCGAGGGGAAAAUCCUGGACGAUGCGGUGUUGGCCACCCCUCCAUCUGGAGGAGAGACUUUGGAGGCUCUGAUGGCCAUGAAGCAGGAUCUGAGGGUCGAAAUGGGCACUCAUGCCCAGAUGAUGCUGCAGCAGCUGGGGAACGAACAGGCGGCCUCCACCAUUCAGCAGUCCCAGAUGAACGCGGUCCAGCUUCAGCAGAUCGCGGAAGAGGUGAAGAGAGCCACUGUGGCCAACCGCGAGCAAGAGAUCAGGCAGGAGAAGCUCAUGCAGAUGCUGAUCCAGGCCAAGACCCCGGAGGCAACCCACGAUCCCCGAGCAAGCUCGAGGCGGUCACCCCCACCAAAGGUGACCAAGCACUGCCUAUGCGGGAAGCCAGCCGAGGCUCUGAUCGUCAAGAAGGACGGACCGAGGAAGGGACGCAUGUUUUGGAAAUGUGUCCAACGUCGUUGCGACCUCUUCGAAUGGAUCGACGAGAGGGACCAGGCCGACAUCGACGAGGUGAAGACGGCGGCCUCAUCAUUGAACCCAAGGAGGUCCAAGAGUCCGAAGAGGGAGGCCCCAGCGUCAGCUCCAACGGUGGGGAACAGCUGGUGCCAGGUGUCCGUGAACAGCAGCCGGGCGGAGAACGUGCCGGUGGUGGAUGUGGACGAGUUCGACGGCUAG